AUGAAGGCAGAUAUGGAUUCUCUCUCCUCCCAUGCACAGCUCCCCAACACGCUGCAGUACACGGCCAAGACCAGCAGAGGAGACUAUCUCAUCCAAGUCGCAUGGCCACAACAGUGGUCAGCCGAUCGCGUGCCGCACGACGAGCGCCCUGUGAAUACACUAUAUGUCGUGGACGGCAACGCGUACUUCUACACGGCCGUAGACAUCACCCGAAGGCUGGAAUUCACAAACGCCGCUCGCACCGUCGUUGUGGCCAUUGGAUACCCUCCUUCUCGGUAUGUGUACGACUGGAGGAGGGGUCCUGAUCUCACGCCGCCCUGCGAAGAGUACGACAUGCCACUAGACAGCCAUGGAAACCCAAGGACAGACCUCACGUUUGGUGAAGCAGACAAAUACCUAGGUUUCAUAGAGCAGGAUUGCAUCACACACGUCGAAGGCACAUUGUUCAGACAUGUUCAGUUGGGCCGGAGAGCACUGUACGGCCAUUCUUACGGCGGCAUUUUCUCUCUGAGUACGCUCUUCACGAGACCGGAAACAUUUGAGACGAUUAUUGCCGCCAGUCCGGUCGUGUGGUGGAACAAGGACCAUCUUACCAAAGUCCUCGAGCCUUCAUUCACAUCGAGGAAUGACAUGAACAGGCCAGUAUCGCUAAUUAUGGCCUGGGGCUCGAUGAAGCAAGACACCAUCCAAGAAGACGGCGAGUCAGAGGAGGACUACAAAACAAGGGUGUCUAACGCCGAGGACGACAAGAUGAGGGAUAGCGUGACCGCACUUGGCCAGAGACUGCGAGACUGCAGAAACGUGAGGAGAGUGGCAAUGAAGGAGUUGGACGGCGAGGAUCACGGGAGUGCGGCUGUGGCAGGACUACAGUAUGGCAUUCGGCAGUUUCUGUUUGGCAGAGUUUGA